AUGAGCGAGACGAGUGGCAACAAAGUAGUUCGCUUCAUCCAACGGUUUAACAUCUUGAACUUCUACAUUGGAGGAUUUACUAUCAAUUUAAGCACAUAUAUGUGUUGGUUAGUCUUGCCACUUCUUAUGAAGGAAAGAGGUGACGCUGAUCCUUUUAUGAUUGGUCUUGCGGACGCCGUUACGUUUGGGAUCACUGGGCUUCUCUCCCCGAUCAUAGGGAUGGUAGCUUCACGACAAUAUUUGUGCCCCGAUGUUAUUUGUCGAAUAGGUUUUGUCUUGCAGGCGACGUGUGCGAUUUCUAUCGCAUUGUUUUACAUCACAGGAACAACACUCCUUCCAAUCUUCUUUUUGUUGAUUCAGGAGUCGUUCGCUUUAGCAUUCUUCUGGUCCAUUUGCGAGUAUUUACUUUCAAACCAAAUUUAUAAAGGAGAAACUAAUGAGAAAAUGAGUUGGUUUUGUGUGUCGUGGAGUCUUGGUAAGGCUAUUGGCUUUGUUCUGGGUGGACCAAUGCGACGGGCAUUUGGUUACAGCUAUUCGUUGUACUUCUCCGCGUUAAUUGUCUUGGUCGCAUUUGUUGUGUUCCCGCGCUUCCCACAAAACAACAGCGAAAGUGUCAACGAAAAACGUGCAAAAAAGAGAGAAGAGAAGCGGAAGAAGAAACUUGAAAAGAAAUUGGAGAAGUUGCGAAUGAAUGGGGAUGUGAUCGAAGAGAAGGACGUCGAAAUACAAGACGGAAACUUCCUCACAAGACCACGUCCGAUUCCGCACUAUUUCUUUAUGUAUUAUAUCAACGAGUUGGUUGUACACUUUACCGUUUACGGAACAAUUGCGGUAUUUGGGAAUCAGUACAUCGACUUUGCAGAUGAAAACAAAAUUGUUUUGAAUGGCGCGAAUGAUGACCCUGGGACAUUCUGUAGCUGUUUUCUUGGAAUCGUUUAUUUCAGCCAAUCUUUAUGCUUCUUUUUGUUGGGACAAGUGUCGUUCUGGCAAUACAAGCAAAUUUUCAAUGUUAUUGUUCAAGUGAUUAUAGCUGCAAUUUGUGUCGGUUUGAUUUACUUGAGGAAUGGGUGGAUUUUGUGUGUUCUUGCGAUUCCAGUUGGGUUCAUAUCUGGUUUUGAUUUGCAGAGUAACGUAUUAUACUCGAUCAACUCCGGCCCCAAACUGAAGGGGUUGAUUUUGGGGAUGUCAGAGUGUGUCGGUGAACUGACGUGCUGCUUAUGUCCACUGUUUGCAGGACUUAUUGCGACAAAAACAAACGAUAGAAGAUGGGCGCUGUGGUUUGGGUUUGUUUUGCAAAUUGUUGGAAUUAUAUUAUGUUUGAUAACACAAGGCAUCACGUUCUUCUUAGAGAGACGGUUGGCUCUUAAAGAGGCGAAGACAGGUAAAGAGGUUGAACUCGAACAACAAAACGAGGAUAUCGAAAUCGAUAAGAACCUUGUAUCCCAAAUCCAGCAAGAAGGGACAGACGAAUCAACAGACGACGAAGAGAAAUCGGCAGGAGCUAGUGCACGUCCAAGCGACAUUGGCAGUGACAUCGAAGUACCAGAGAAAGUUUUUGAACAAAUCCAGCAAGAAACAACACUAGAAGAAAAGUGA